AUGAACAGACAUGCCCGGCUUAUCAAACUCGGCCUUCAAACCAAUCCAUGUUAUGCUUCCAAACUCAUCGCAGAGUAUGCCUUUUUCCCAACAAGCCACUCACUUAAUCAUGCUCACCGUAUCUUCAAGGAAGUCCCUUCCGAUCUCAGAGACACGGCUCUCUGGGCCUCUCUCAUCUCCGCAUAUUCACGUUCUGAACAACCAAAUAACGCCCUCCAUCUCUUUUCUCAUUUGCUUGGCCAACCGCAAGCUUCGCGGAAUGCCGAGCCUAAUGCGUACGUCUUCACCUCCGUAGCCAGGGCGAUUGCUUCAGCCCCUGAGCAUCUUCCUUUUGGUCAAUCCGUUCAUGGGAUGAUCAUUAAGCGUGGUUAUACGCCCCGGGAUGUCUUUGUUGAGACAGCUUUGGUGGACAUGUAUGUGAAAUGCGGCAUGAUGGAAUGUGCGCUAAAACUGUUUGAUGAAAUGCCUUAUAGAAAUUCAGUAUCCUGGAAUGUGAUGAUUUUUGGUUAUAUUCAGAAUGCGGAGGAGUCAAAGGGGUUUGGACUGUUUUUAAAGAUGAGAUAUUUGGAGUUUUGUGCGCCUGAUCAGUUUACUGUGGCCACUCUGCUAUCUGGUUGUGCUGGUGUGCAGGAUUUAGCUUGGGGAAUGCAACUACACGCUGUUGCAAUUGUUAGCGGAUUCGAGAUCAAUUGUGGGGAUGCUAUAGCCACUAUGUAUUUCAAUUGUGGCCUAGUAUGUUCUGGUGAGAAAAUUUUGGAGGGAAGAAGAUCAGAUGACUCAGUUGCGAAGCUUAUAAAGAUUAGAGGCUUUAUAUCUAAUCUUCGGUAUCAGGAUGCCUUAAACUGUAUUUCUUCUGCUAGAAACAGUUUUCUGAUUUUGUGUCGGGAUCAUACGGUGAUUGUUCCUAUUCUGGCUGCUUGUGCGAAGCUUUCUUUGCUGAAAGUUGGAAAGCAACUGCACGGACUUCUCAUCACUUCCCUUCAAUCAUUGUUGGAAACUUCCCCUUCUGAAGAUGGUGAUAUCAUUGGAUGUGCUUUAAUUGAUAUGUACAGCAAGUGUGGUGUCGUUGGGGAUGCUCGGAAAGUUUUUGAUGAUGUUCUGCCUCGAAGUGUUUCACAUGGGAAUUCAAUGAUAUCUUGUUAUGUUUGUAAUGGUUUGUUAGAGGAUGCUCGGAACUUGUUGGAGAAAAUGCCAGAGAAAAAUGUGGUUUCUUGGACCACCAUGAUGACAGGUUAUGUGCGGAGUGGUAAGCCACGUGAAUGCUUAAAUAUGAUGGCAAAGAUGUAUUGUAGCAAAGUUGAUGGGAACUGCGUGACCUUUGCAGUGGGUCUUGAGGCAUGUAGUGACUUGCCAGACUUGGAGUUGGGAAAGUUAUUGCAUGCUAAAAUUGUUCGAACAUUGAUCAAUGCUGAUGCUACUAAUGUGGUUAUCGGAACAUCUUUGGUGGAUAUGUAUUGCAAGUCGGGUAAAUUGAACUAUGCACAAACAGUUUUUGAUUUGAUGGAGGAUAAAAACAUAGUUGCUUGGACAUCUGUUAUAAUGGGUUAUGCAGUUCAUGGUUUUGGUUCCCGUUCCCUAGAACUUUUCCAGGAGCUCAUUGAAACUGGUACUAAACCAAAUGAAGUGACAUUCAUUGCUGUUCUAACUGCUUGUAGUCAUUGUGGUUUGGUGGAUGAGGGAUUGGAAUACUUCAGAAUGAUUAAAAAGUAUGGUUUGAUUCCAAAUGAAGAUCAUCAAACUUGUUUAAUUGAUAUGCUGGGACGUUCUGGCAGGCUAGAAGAUGCAUUUCAUAUGCUGGAGGAGCACGAAGAUACAGAAACAAAUGGUGAGUCUUGUUGCCCUGCUGCCUGGGGUGCAUUACUUGGUGCAUGUCACUUGCAUGGCAAUGUGAAAUUGAGCGAAAGGGUAGCUGAGAAGAUGCUGGUUCACACAGACCAGAUGUCUACAACCCACAUUGCACUUUCUAAUGUUUAUGCAGCCGCUGGAUUGUGGAAUGAAGCUUAUAAGAUAAGGGAGAACUGGAGAAGAGGAGCUUUAAAAGGAGACCCUGGUCUUAGUAGCAUCAGCAUGCACCUUUCCAAUCCUUGA